AUGUCUGGCAAAAUCUGGACGUCAUGCGGAUUUUCCGCACUUUUGGGGUUCACCGUGUCCGGCUCCCCGAUCGACUCCCGCGCACCUACGCCUGAUCCAGAUAGCCCACAAAAUGCUUCCCAAUCCUCUGCACGCUCUCAUGGUACAUCUCCGCAGCCAAGCGCACCUCCGCAACCAACAUCAGGUAGCUCCACGCAAGCUAAUCAAACCAUAACAUCGCAAAUCGCGAUAUUAAAUCAACCAAAAGUAGUGGUUGACUCCAACUCGACUCCACAGACCCAUAAAUCGUCCUGGACUGGUCUUGAGAAAGCGCUUCAUGCAUUACAAAUCAGUACGAAAGGCUGUCCGCCACUCCAUUCGGCCGUUGAUGGCCUGAUAUCUUGUCUUCAUGUCUUUAGAGAAGCAGCAAAAUUUCGCAAAGAUUACGAUGAAUUAGCCGAUGGACUCGCGGCUAUGGUACAACUACUGGCCAAUUAUUCGCUCGUUGGGGCAUCGAGAGAAAUAACAGAAAAAAUGAACGGCAUUGCAGAGAAGAUUAAGGAUGAGUUAGAGUCCAUUGACAAACGUCAGUCUCGGGGCGCAACACUACGAAUUCUAGGCCCAUCAAGCGACGACGACGAUCUUGUUAGGCGAUACCGAAAAAUUGAACAGCUGUUCCGUCAGCUUCAAGCGGAGGCAAGCAUGAGCACAUGGAACGACACCAAAAAGCAUCUCGUUAAUACCCAAUUAGAAAGCCUGGGGCCGGUCAAGCUCGCGACAUACAACUCUACAAUCUCGAUGGACAUCGGCAGACGCUCAUGCACCGAAAAUACUCGCACUCAGAUACUCGGCGAUUUGAUGGAUUGGGCUAAUGAUCCCCAUAAAGCGAAGAUAUACUGGAUGAAUGGAAUGGCCGGAACUGGAAAAACCACAAUUGCGUGCAGUCUAUGCGAGAGGCUCGAUGCCGCCGGUCAGCUCGCGGCGAGCUUCUUCUGUACACGCACAUCGCGCGAGUGCAGCGAGGCAAAGCGUAUUGUUCCUACUCUCGCAUAUCAAAUCGCUCGACGCUCAGCGCCGUUCAGGGAUGCAUUGUGUGGACUCGCUCAUAACAAAGCCGCUAGUGGAUUCCAGGGAUUGAUCAGAAGGAACCUCGUGGUCGUGAUAGAUGCGCUGGACGAAUGUAGCGAUCCUCACAUCGUGAAGGUCGUAUUGGACAUCUUAUUUCGUCAUGCUGUUGAUCUGCCAGUCAAGUUUUUUGUCACAAGUCGACCAGAGCCAACAAUACGCAACAGCAUGAUGCUAGGGAUUGCCGAAAAUGAACGACCUCACUCUAUACUUUAUCUUCAUGAGAUAGAAAAAUCCCUUGUUCAGGCCGAUAUUGAAUUGUACCUCAGGGACGAACUGAAGCACAUGCUAUCUAGCGAUGACGAAGCCAUAAAAGAGCUAUCGGAACAAGCAGGCAUCUAUUUAUAUAUGCGUGCAUACAAAAUCACUCUUGCUAUGCUCUCUGGCCUUGAUGGGACAGAUUUAGCUACUUCGGCUCUCGAACCUCUACGUUCAGUAUUGCACGUUUCGGAGCACAACAGCUAUGUCACUACUCUCCAUGCUUCUUUUCCGGACUUUAUGUUUUCACAAGAGCGUUCCCAGAAGUACUUCUGCAACAGGUCAAGUCAUAAUCAGUUCUUAGCAAGACAUUGUCUGGAGAUCAUGAAAAUACGACUUUGCUUUAAUAUAUGUCAACUCGAGUCGUCUUAUCUUCUGGAUGACGAAGUUCCUGAUCUGAAUGAUCGAGUGGAAGCUCUCAUACCCCCAGUGCUUCGCUACGCUAGUCGAUUUUGGGUAGACCACCUAACACAAGGAACGGCUUCCGAGCAUGUUUUUGAGCUCGUGUAUGAUUUUCUGUCCUAUCGAUUACUGUUCUGGAUGGAGGUAAUGAAUCUAACUAAAUUCAUGGUGGCCGGAGCCGUUGUUUCCACCAAAUUGCACAUGUGGCUAAGAGUGUCCGAUGGGUCACGCGUUUCUGAACCUUUCGAGGGGCAUUCUCAUCGAGUCAACUGUGCUACAUUCUCAUCGGACAGCAUGCGCAUAGUUUCUGGGUCUGAAGACAAAACUAUCCGAAUAUGGGCCGUCCAUAAUCCCGCAGGUCUCGGCCUAAAAUUGGUUGGACACGCUGGAACAGUCCGGUCCUUGAUGUUCUCUCCUGAUGAUCUGAUGAUAGCCUCUGGCUCUAUCGAUCGCACUAUUCGCAUAUGGGAUGCAAUUAACGGCACUUGUAUCCGAAUUCUUCAAGGACACACUCAAUCAAUUUCAUGCGUGAGGUUCUCGCCUUGUGGGGAAUACAUUUUCUCUGGAUCGAAUGAUCACACCGUACGGGUAUGGAACACCUAUAGUGGCGCUUCAAUUGGUGAUCCCCUAAGAGGCCACACCAGCUACGUUACAUCUAUUGCGGUAUCUCCAGAAGGCGAGCGUAUUGCCUCUGGGUCACUAGAUCGAACAGUUCGGAUCUGGCAUAGGGCAAGCGGGAGCUUAUGGUCGGACCUUUCGAGGGCCACACCGACUCAAUUAGAUCGGUCGAAUUCUCAGCUGACGGUGCGCGGAUUAUAUCGGCUUCAGACGACAAAACUAUACGCAUAUGGAGCACAGAGGGUAAAUCACGGGGCGGCUCAAAUAAAGGGCCGCUUCACAGCUUCCCGACUAUAA